GAGAGAGAGAGAGAGAGAGAGAGAGAGAGAGAGAGAGAGAGAGAGAGAGGUUGAGUCAGGUCUUGAAUAACGUGAAGGAAAGGCGUUAAUGAUAUAUUGAUAUGUAUGUAUAUAUAUCUCUGCCUACCGCCAUCGCCGCCAGCAGCACCACCGCCAUCGCCGCCAGCGGAAAUGUCUAUCUCCACCUCACAGCUGCCUGCUUCCCAACAAAACCACACCUAACAUUCUAACACCCCAUUCUCCCGGAAAGUAGCCUUUUUUUUCACACUUGGGAAAUGAAUAUUACCCACCACUGUUUGUCCUCUCCAUUCAUAAAGAUUCUUUGAUCUCCAUUUUUGCAAGCUUGGGUUUUUACUACAGAAGUUCAAGGUGGUUUGGUUAUCUGCCCACUUCUUCCCCAGUGGAUUGGCAUUUGACCAAGAUAAAGUAUAAUUUAAGUUCAAAAGAUUCAGUUUUGCUGUAUUGGAAUUUUUAAAUUCUGGCACUCUGGCAGUUUUCUGGUCAAUAACUGUAAAUUAAACUGUGAACUGCUUUGAGAUCUGUUUCUUCCAGAAGAAGAGCAUUGUUGUUAAGUUAAAGUAGAUGGUCUGUUUCUGUGCAUAAGCAAAUGGGGGGUUGUGUCUCAACCAGUAGCCAGAGUACUUGUAGUAAUCGGAGCAAUGGGGAGAGAGGCUCUCCCGAAUGUUUGGGAAUAAGCAUGUUUGGGCGAAAGAGGACGAGGACAUUCUCUGAUCCUGUCACUGUACUGCACCAUUUGUCUUCUAUAUGUACUCGGAUUUUCACAAAUGGGAAGAGCCGCACUUCUUGUAUAUUCACUCAGCAGGGACGCAAGGGCAUAAAUCAGGAUGCCAUGCUUGUGUGGGAAGAUUUUAUGGGAGAAGAUGUGACUUUUUGUGGCGUCUUUGAUGGCCACGGUCCGUAUGGUCAUAUGGUUUCUCGGAAAGUGAGGGAUGCACUGCCACUCAAACUAUUAUCCUAUCUGCAGCCUUGUGAGACAAAGUACGAUGGGUCUGGUGCUAAUUGCUGCAACGGGAACCCAAAAUUGGAUGUUGUUGAUCCUCAUAAGGCGGGCGCUGUGGAGGAUAAAGUGGACUCUUUGUGGAGGGAAGCGUUCCUUAAAUCAUACAAGGCCAUGGACAAAGAACUGAGGUCUCACCCUAACUUAGAUUGCUUUUGCAGUGGUAGCACUGCAGUUACUAUCGUGAAACAGGGAUCGAAUCUUUUCAUGGGGAAUAUUGGUGAUUCUCGGGCAAUUUUGGCAUCAAAGGCUAGCAAUGACUCAAUGGUGGCUAUUCAGUUGACUGUUGAUUUGAAGCCUGAUUUACCUAAGGAAGCAGAGAGGAUAAAACGGUGUAAAGGUCGGGUUUUUGCAUUGCAAGACGAGCCAGAAGUGCAAAGAGUUUGGUUGCCAUUUGAUGAUGCCCCUGGCUUAGCAAUGGCUAGAGCAUUUGGAGAUUUUUGUUUGAAGGAAUAUGGAGUCAUUUCUAUUCCUGAAUUUUCUCAUCGGGUCCUUACUGAUCGAGACAAGUUCAUUGUUCUUGCUUCUGAUGGUGUUUGGGAUGUACUGAGCAACGAAGAAGUUGUGGAGAUAGUGUCAUCAUCUCCUUCGAGGUCAGGUGCAGCCAGAAUCCUUGUCGAGUCUGCAGCCCGGGAAUGGAAAACCAAGUACCCAACAUCAAAGAUGGACGAUUGUGCUGUCGUUUGCUUGUUCUUGGAUGGGAAGAUGGACUCUGAAUCUGAUUAUGAUGAACAAUGCUUCUCUUCUGCAACCCUGCAGAGCAACCAUUCGGGCAAUGCUGCAGAAUCCGAUGAUGGGCAGACCUCGGAGCCAUCCAUGCAGAGAAACUUCACGGUCAGAGCACCAGAAGAAACCGAUUCUUACAAAAGAGUAGCAGCAGCAGCAGCAGCAGAAACAGGAUCAAACAAAGAACGUGUAGUUGCAGAAGAUGAGAAUUACUGGUCAGGAUUGGAAGGCGUCACGAGGGUUAACUCCUUGGUUCAAUUGCCCAGGUUUUGUGAAGAGAGGCCAUAGCCAUAAUUUGUAAUCUGGUUAAGGUUACCUUUGUUGUUGUAAUAUAUAUAUAUAGUUCUAUCUUUAUGCCAAAUAGUGAAUGUAAAACUUCUUUUGUGGCAUCUGCUGCACCUUUCAUGCUUUACUAUGUUUUAACUGAAUUCAGUUUGCUUCAUUAAUCUCCGGAAAA